AUGUUCACAUCUUCGGACCUCAAUCCUUGGAAGGUUAUGGUCAUCUUGGAGGAGCUCUCUCUUCUUGUAAGAGCCGUGACAGAUUUCACCACCUUUCCGAUCCCAUCCUCAAGCUUUAUGGCCCACCUCACCACUCUCCAAGGCAUACACUGCCUACUGCUCUCUUUCACAAUUGCCAAAUCCUAG